AUGACGGAAUACCUAAAGAAGUCGCUUCAAGAAACAGACGGUCAGUGUCCAAACUUUUUCCUCUUUGCAAAAAUCUCGGAGGAUCGGCUCUUGCUCGAAUUGCCGAGCGACGAAAACGGGCAACAAGCUCUGACAAUCGAUCGACAUCUGAGCAUGCAAAGGGUUCAAGUCGAAUGGUGGGAUCUGCGAAAGUUUGCUCUGAUCACUGUGAAUGACUUGGUUGAGACCAUCAACGUUGUCGUGUCACUCGUGUCCAUACAAUCUGCAAAGCAAGUGUCCGAGCAGAAAUGCGUGAAAGUGCAAAAAGACGCCCCACCGACA